GUGAUCCAACCCUGGUCUCCAAAUGCCGCAGCGGCCAUUCCUUGGGCCCAGCCUGGAGACGGCCCCCAUGCAGGAGGCUAAUCUUAGACUUGCCUUUGUCUGGCCUGGGUGUGGACGCAAGUGCCUGUCUCUUCCCCCUGCCACCUCAGAGCACUAUAAACCCCAGACCCCAGGGAGUGGGUCACAAUUGACCGCCUCAAGGUUCCCGGCUAUUUGAACCACCGCGGACACCUCCGUUCCUGGCUACCCCACCCUGAGCGCCAGACACCAUGAACCUUCCUUCCACAAAGGUCUCCUGGGCCGCCGUGUCGCUACUGCUGCUACUGCUGCUGCCGACCGCGCUGCUGUCGCCCGGGGUGGCUGCACAGCCCCUGCCCGACUGCUGUCGUCAAAAGACGUGCUCCUGCCGCCUCUACGAGCUGCUGCACGGCGCGGGCAAUCACGCGGCCGGCAUCCUCACCCUGGGCAAGCGGCACUCCGGGCCCCCGGACCUCCAGGGCCGGCUGCAGCGCCUCCUGCAGGCCAGCGGCAACCACGCCACGGGCAUCCUGACCAUGGGCCGCCGCGCAGGCGCAGAGCCAGCGCCGCGCCCCUGCCCUGGGCGCCGCUGUCCCGCCGCGGCCGCCGUAUCCGUCGCGCCCGGGGGACAGUCCGGGAUCUGAGUCGUUCUUCGGGUCCUGUCCUGGUCCAGGCCUCUGCCCUCUGCCCACCCAGCGUCAGCACCCAGAAAAACGGCAAUAAAGACGAGUCUCCGUGCGUGUGGCUGGUCUCUGUUCCUGUGCGGUCGCGUCCUGCCCUUUUGAGGCGGCAGUGCGUCUUGCGAAGGCGGGAGGGCCUGGGAGCCUGGCUCUGGGGCACCAGCCUUAGCUUUUGCGUGGCUGAAUUGGAAACACUGUUGGUUGGGGAGCUCCCAGUGCCAGGCCCUGGAGCACAGAGAGAACCGCACACUUGCAUGCUCGGAUCGGGACAUGCGGGACUCCCACGAUGCUCUCCUAGGCAUUCUGUAGCGGGAACUUUACCCAGAGACACGGAAGGGGAAGGAGAGAAAGAAAGGUUGCACAGGUCGGGCACAGUAUUCAUGCCUGUAAUCCCAGCGCUUUAAGAGGCCAA